AUGCAGCGGUGGCUGGCGACAAAGCCCAAGGGGUUUAUCGAUCCGUCGAAGCAGUACGAUACGUCGUUAGAAGAUCAGCUCUUAGCGGAGAUAGAAGAAAAAGAGCAGCAGAGGGGGCAGGAGGCAUCAACGGGAGGAGGGAACAAGCCGGGAGGCAGCGCGGGGGAGAAGGCGGGUGAGAGGAAAGGGGAGUCACACGGGGAAAAGAGGGGAAGGAGCAGUCAAGGAGUGUUAGACUCGCCUGCAAAAGGGAAGAAGGCCAACACAGGGUUUAUCAUCGGCGACCUUUCAUCACUCAGUCUGUUGUAUCUAAGCUUCUCCCUCUCCCUCUCCCUUACCCUCUCCCUCUCCCUCUCCCUCUCCCUCUUCCUUACCCUCUCCCUCUCCCUCUCCCUCUUCCUUACCCUCUCCCUCUCCCUCUUCCUUACCCUCUCCCUCUCCCUCUCCCUCUUCCUUACCCUCUCCCUCUCCCUCUUCCUUACCCUCUCCCUCUCCCUCUCCCUCUUCCUUACCCUCUCCCUCUCCCUCUCCCUCUUCCUUACCCUCUCCCUCUCCCUCUCCCUCUCCCUCUCCCUCUUCCUUACCCUCUCCCUCUCCCUCUUCCUUACCCUCUCCCUCUCCCUCUCCCUCUCCCUCUCCCUUACCCUCUCCCUCUCCCUCUCCCUUACCCUCUCCCUCUCCCUUACCCUCUCCCUCUCCCUCUCCCUCUCCCUCUCCCUCUCCCUCUCCCUCUCCCUCUCCCUCUCUCCUUCGCUCUCUUUUUCCCUCUCCCCCUCCCGCCUCCCCCUCCCCCUCCUCCUCCCUAUCCUUCUCCCUCUCCCUCUCCCUCUCGCCCUCCCCCUCUCUCUCCCUCUUCCACUCCCCUCCCUCUCCCUCUCCCUUUUACCUCACCUGUAA